UAUUAUAUUUUUGCCUCCAUAUAAAUUGUGUUUUUUUUUCUCAAUUUUUGUAUUUUAAUUGUGUAUUUUAUUUUGUUGUUUGUGGAAUUUUUUAAUAGAAGUGAUUCAUUGCAGAAUACUUGUUCUGAAAGUAGUUUUUGAAGAUUAUAAACGAAGAAGUAAGAAGGUGAAGAAAAAUAACAAUUUUUGAUUGUAAAAGGAAGAAAGAUUGAGGAAGAGAAUACAAUGAAGCGUGAAAAUGAAGGAGAUAUGGGUGUUCCCCCACACAAACGUUCGAGACGAGGUGAUGAAGAAGUUAGAUUACUCAUUCCCAGCAAGGUUGCUGGCUCGAUAAUUGGUAAAGGUGGUCAAAACAUCACUAAACUUCGCGGUCAGUACAAAGCCUCAAUUACUGUCCCUGAUUGCCCAGGCCCAGAACGCAUGCUAUCACUGUCUUCGGAUUUGGAGACGAUCUGUAAUGUUGUUAGAGAUGUUGUUCCCAAUUUAGAAGAGAAUGGAGCUCGUGUCAAUGGUGAUGAGCUUGAUUUACGUAUGAUGGUACACCAAAGCCAAGCUGGUUGUGUCAUUGGUAAGGGAGGUUACAAGAUCAAGGAGUUACGUGACAAAUGCGGGGCAAGAAUUAAAAUAUUCUCAAAUUGUGCUCCUCAAAGUACAGAUCGUAUUAUUCAAAUUGUUGGCCAACCCGAUAAGUGUAUUGAUUCCAUUCGUGAAAUUGUGACCCUCAUCAAAACCAACCCAAUUCGAGGACCAGUCAAUCCCUACGACCCACAUAAUUACGAUGAAUACUAUGCCGAAGAAUAUGGCGGUUAUGGUGGUCGUGGACAAAAUGAUCGUCGUGGUGGCAUGGACCGUCGCGGUGGUGGACGUAUGGACCGUGGUGGUGGCGGAAGAUUCGGUGGUGGAAACCGCGGACCACGUGGACCACCAAUGGGUGGUGGCAUGGGAGGACCACGCGGUGGAUUUGGUGGCCCACCACGAGGUGGUGGAUACAAUCGUAAUGAUGGAUGGGGUCCAAUGAACGGCGGUGGUGGUGGCAUGAUGAAUAAUGCACCAUCAAGCAUGAUGGGUAAUGGUCCAAUGGGUGGCGGUCCUGGCCCAAUGGGAGGUGGAAUGGGUGGUGGACCCGGUCCAAUGGGAGGUGGUAUGGGCGGUGGACCCAUGGGAGGCGGUAACAUGGGUGGGGGCUCCGGAAAUAGUAUGGGAGGAGGUGGUGGUGGUGGCAAUGGCCCAAACAAAACUUCAACCCAAGUCACUAUCCCCAAAGAUUUGGCUGGAGCUAUUAUUGGUAAAGGAGGCGGCCGUAUUCGAAAAAUUCGCGCUGAUUCUGGUGCAGGAAUCACGAUUGAUGAACCAUUACCAGGUUCCAACGAUCGUAUUAUAACUAUUACGGGAGCACCAAAUCAAAUACAAAUGGCGCAGUAUCUUCUGCAGCAAAGUGUUCACGAGAAUAAUGGCCGUGGUGGUGGUGGAGGCGGCGGUGGAAAUAAAUACUAAACAAAAUUUAAAGAUGGCAUAUAAAUAAAAAUGCUUCUGUUGUUCAUUACUCGAACAAAGUCUUACAAGAUGUUAAAAAGAAAAAUAAUAAAAUAGCAUAAAUAUUAAAAUAAUAAUAAAUACUGUGUAAGUUUUAACAAAUAAGAAUUUAAGAGUACUUUACAAUUAAGUUUUGUUUGUCAAUUUUUUAAACAACUACAAAAAAAAAAAUUAUUUGUCUGAGAAAAA